AAAUUGCAAAACAGAAUAACCCUUCUAUGGAUGACAUAUUUCUGAACAGAGAUUUGUGUAAUAUACAAUUUAGAGAAUAUUUUAAUCCUGUAAUAGAAUUUGAAUAUGAUAUUAAAUAUGGAGGAUGCCAAUAUGAACUACAUGAUUUUGUUUUUUGUUUAGAUUUAAAAAAAAUAAAAGUUUGUCAACUUGAUAAUGAUGAUUUAUUAAUGUAUCAAUUUAAAAUGAAAAGUGGUAAUGAUGAUGUGAUAAAAUUUGGAGAAACUUUCAAUUCUGAAACUGGUGAUUGUGGUAUGUCAUUGAUGAUUAAUUAUUUGAAAUUAGAAUCUGUAUGGAAACCUGAUUUCAACUCUGAUAAUCUGAUGAGUAGUCUUUUUGAUCUAAUGCAAAAAUGCU